GGUCGCCGGCUCGCGCUGUCCUUGCGGACGCGGUGCGGACGGCGCAGAGCCGAGGCGCGCUUGGGAGCGAACGGCCGUGUUCCGAGGAGAGCGGAGGCCGUGGGCUCCUCAGUAUGUUGUGUCGGGCGGCGUGCAGCGCGGGCAGGAGGCUGGCCCCGGCGGCGGGUGCCGCGGGCUGCCGCCGGCACAAGCACAGCCUUCCCGACCUGCCUUACGACUACGGCGCGCUGGAGCCGCACAUCAACGCGCAGAUCAUGCAGCUGCACCACAGCAAGCACCACGCGGCCUACGUGAACAACCUGAACGUCACCGAGGAGAAGUACCGCGAGGCCCUGGCCAAGGGAGAUGUUACGACUCAGGUUGCCCUUCAGCCUGCACUGAAGUUCAAUGGUGGGGGACAUAUUAAUCAUAGCAUUUUCUGGACAAACCUGAGCCCUAAAGGAGGUGGAGAACCCAAAGGAGAGUUGCUGGAGGCUAUCAAACGUGACUUUGGGUCUUUUGAGAAGUUCAAGGAGAAGCUGACAGCUGUGUCUGUUGGAGUUCAAGGUUCAGGCUGGGGCUGGCUUGGCUUCAACAAGGAGCAGGGUCGCCUACAGAUUGCUGCCUGCUCUAACCAGGACCCAUUGGAAGGAACCACAGGCCUUAUUCCACUGCUGGGGAUUGAUGUGUGGGAACAUGCUUAUUACCUUCAGUAUAAAAACGUCAGACCUGAUUAUCUGAAAGCUAUCUGGAAUGUGAUCAACUGGGAGAAUGUCACUGAAAGAUACACAGCUUGCAAGAAGUAAAGCCUUAUCAUCAUAUUGAGUAUGUUAGGCCUCGAUGGCUAUUUUUGUAGUAGUAUAGAGUACUGCAGUAACUAUGACUGCUUUAUUGUAACACUUAUUGAUGUGCAUCUACAUAUUUGAUGAACAUAAUUUCUUUCUUUUAAUUAAAUUUAUUAUUAGGCAA